CGAGAGAAAAAAAGUUGGACGCGGUUCAUUUUCUUUGCUCAAGCAGGAUCGGAAAACCGCAAGCAGACACAUAAUUGAGAAGACGUGGACUCAGGAGACCCACACGCGCGACGCAAUUUCACUGCGCAUUAUGUCAAAAGCAUUUGGAAUUUCUCCCAUUACCCCAAUCCUGCACACAAAGAAUGUGUGAAGUGCUGUGAAGCAGGACCCGUAAAAGCCAGUAUUCAACUGCUGUCCCGUAGAGGGGUGGGGAGAAGGUUCGGGGAGUCUGAUAUCUGAAUGGGUUGAACUGGUCCCAAUUCGGAAUCUGCCUGGAUGGGAUGCACGGUGAGCUUCGUGUGUUGCGAAGACGAACUCCUUCUGAUGCCUAAUAUCGACCGAGAUGGCGAGCAAAAGAAAGAAAAAAGAAGACUCCUGGCAAAGCCAGAAGAUCUUGAAACAGUUCAUUCUCAUACAUUGAGACUGAAGACUUUCAAGAAAGGGAAGCAUUGUUCUGUGUGCAAGCAGAUGAUCAGCAAAGAGGGGCUUAUAUGUCGAGUUUGCCGACUGGUUUGUCACAAGAAGUGUGAAGCAAAGGUGUCUAAUUCCUGUGUCCCUGCUACAAACUAUGAACUGCCUCCAAGUAAUGAUGUCACAGUGAAGCAUGUAGACACAAUGGGAUCCUCAAAGUCAUCAAAGAGUAUGGAGUCCCGCCGUAGACCUUCAAGAAGUUUGAGUUUAAUUCAGUCUAUGGACGAGAACUAUGACGUGGACCUUGUAUACAUCACAGAACGCAUUAUUUCAGUUUCAUAUCCGAGCAAUGCAGAAGAGCAAAACUAUCAGGCCAAUCUCAAAGAGGUUGCACUGAUGCUGAGAUCCAAGCAUGGGGAAAACUACUUGCUCUUUAACCUUAGUGAAAAACGCUGUGACAUCACUAAACUCAACCCAAAGGUUUUGGAUUUUGGCUGGCCUUAUAAUCAUGCACCUGCACUUGACAAGAUAUGCAGCAUAUGUAAAGCCAUGGACACUUGGUUGAACACAGAUCCACAUAAUGUAGUUGUGUUGCACAACAAGGGUAAUCGUGGAAGGACCGGGGUGGUUGUUGCUGCUUAUAUGCACUAUAGCAAUAUUUCAGCAAGUGCUGACCAAGCUUUGGAUAGGUUUGCCAUGAAGAGGUAUUAUGAAGAUAAAGUUUUACCUGUAAGCCAGCCUUCUCAGAAAAGGUAUGUGCAGUAUUUCAGUGGUUUGCUAUCGGGAGUCAUCAAGAUUAACAACAAACCCUUGUUUUUACAUCAUGUCAUCAUGCACGGAAUCCCAAAUUUUGAAUCCAAAGGAGGUUGCCGCCCUUUCCUCAAGAUUUACCAGGCUAUGCAGCCAGUCUACACAUCUGGAAUCUACAAUGUCCAAGGAGACAGCCAAACCAGCAUCUGUAUCACCAUUGAACCAGGGCUGCUACUUAAAGGAGACAUUCUGCUAAAGUGUUAUCACAAACGGUUCCGUAGCCCAACACGGGAUGUCAUCUUCCGAGUCCAGUUCCACACAUGUGCCAUCCAUGACCUAGGAGUUGUUUUUGGCAAAGAUGAGCUAGAUGAAACUUUUAAAGAUGAAAGAUUUCCUGAAUAUGGAAAAGUAGAAUUUGUUUUUUCAUAUGGACCAGAGAAAAUUCAAGGCAUGGACCACCUUGAAAAUGGCCCCAGUGUUUCUGUGGAUUAUAAUACUCAAGACCCGCUAAUUCGUUGGGACUCGUAUGAAAAUUUCAAUCAACGUUGUGAAGACUCAAUGGAGGAAGUUGUCCACACACAAGGCCCAUUAGACGGGAGUCUAUAUGCUAAAGUUCGUAAGAAGGAGUCUGGUUGCGAAGGAGUAGUAACUGGCAACGGGCUUCCAGCUGUCGAUCACGCUUUGUCUGUCAGCAGUGACUCUGGAAACUCAACAGCUUCCAUUAAAACUGACCGGACUGAUGAUCCUGGGCAGCAGAUAUCCACAGUUACUCAGCCUCUGAGUCCAGAGGAAAAGAAAAAGCUAGAUCAGCUCCUGAGUGGCUUGGAGGAGCCCAUGCAUCAACAGGCUUACCUGACUACUUCAUCAGCGGGAGGUGCAGGAGGAAUUCGUCACCUAGUGCCUGCACAAGUACACGUUAAUGGACACAGCAUUGAACGGGAAACUGAUAUCCUUGAUGAUGAGUUGCCAAAUAGUCAAGAGGCAAACAGUGUUGAUAGUCUUGGAACACUGUCAUCAUUUGAAGGCAGGGCAACUCCGGCAGACCUUUACUAUCAAAAUGAAACAGUCAUCAAUGGACACGAUGAUGCAUGUAUAGAUAAAAGUAUGUUAGAAAAGGCUGCUGAAUUGCCUGGACAUCGCAUUCGUUGCUCAUCAUCAGUACAGGAUCGCAUUAUGGACUCAUCUUUGGGUUCAACACCAAGCCACACCGGGAUCCAGAAUGGUGGCAUUUAUAGAUCACAAUCAUUUGGCUCUGCUAGCAUUCCAGUAUAUACUUCUGCACCUCAGCUAAUGCCUAGAGCUCCUGUUAGAAGCACAAGUAGCAGAGAUGCAGUACAAAGAGGGCUCAAUGUCUGGCAAUACCAAGAACAACCAGAGAGAGUGCCCCCUGAUGGAAAUCACCUAAGCCCAGCUUUACAGAGCCAUAGUCUCCCAGAGUUUCCACGCACGACUUCUCAACAGGAAAUUGAGCAGUCUAUUGAGGCUCUUAAUAUGUUAAUGCUUGAUCUAGACCCUGCUUUAACACAUGUGUCCAAGUCCUCCAGUACCCCUUUGUCUUCUGCCUCUCUAACCAGAGGAGAGAAUAGUGUUGUCACUACUCAGCCAGGUACUUUCUCUCCUACACAGUCCAAACCACAGUAUGGAUUCAUUGCUGAUACCUCAGCGCCAGCUUUUUCAGCAGAUCUUUCUUACUCGACAACAACAAAGAAUACCAUAGUAGAUGGUCUGCAGACGCCAACUAACAUUAACAAAAUGGAACCAACUUUAUCCUAUACAUCUGAUUCUCCUGUCAUAAUUGGACAAGCUCAGCAAAAAUCUUUCACUGCCUACCCAGCAAAUGUGGUGUCUAAGGCCUAUUCACCAGAUGUCUCGGCUACAGGCAGUCAGAAUUUACAGAGGUCUGUAAAUAGUUAUACAGCAAGCCCAUCUGUUAUUACAUACAGAACAGAACCAGGGAGUGCUUUCAGUCAGAUGCAACAAAGACCCAGCAACUCUUACCAGUCUCCUUUAUCCUUCUCUUCAGAGAGCACUGCCACAGCUGUGCCACUACAACUAAGGCCCCUUAAUACUUACCCUCCAAACAUACCUCAGACUUACUCUCCUGAACUUCAAGAUCAUGACUAUCAUAUUUCAUCUCCACUUGGACAUGCUUACAAUACAAGUGGAGGUAGUGCAACUCCAUCACCUGUCCCACCUCUUGGAAUUCAACCUUCAGAUGAAGUCAAGUCUUCAGAGCCAGACGAGGAACGUUACAAUCUUGAAGGGCUUGUGGCUCAUCGUGUGGCUGAAUACAACGCUCGGAUCAGGGGCAUCUGGCAAAGUAUGAACUCACCACCCUCCCUGCAGCGUCUUCGCUCUUACUCCUUCUCUGGCGUUCAAUCACUUGGAAGUUCAGGCGACGGACCUGCUCCAAUUAGACGUCGAACAACCAGUGAAGGCCAGUAUGACAAUAGUCAAGAUACAGGAUCAGGCCAAGGAACCACAGUCCGGUCCCCAAUUCGUUGCGUCUCUCCUGAAGUGGUGAAAACCAUAGCGGCCAACCCAGGGGGCCGACCAAAAGAGCCACACAUGCAUAGCUACCGAGAAGCAUUUGAAGAAAUGGAUGGAACUCCCCGAAGCCCAACAUCUAGUAGUGGUGGUGAGGUUCUUCCCCAAACCCCUGCCUUUCCUGUGUCGCCACAGACACCCUACUUCAACAUAAGUCGGUCACCUCCAGGACUGGCAAAAACUCCUCUCUCAGCCCUUGGCCUUAAACCUCAUAAUCCAGCUGAUAUCCUUCUUCAGCAGUCUGGACCAGAGCCCAGGAGUUAUGUAGAGUCAGUGGCCCGAACAGCUACAGCAAGUGGAAGUGGCCAGCUUGCUUCUCCAGUGUCAUCUGGUUAUGGCUUGGACAGCCCUAACAGAUCUGUAACACAAACCCAGUCCUUCUCCCCUCCUUUGACAACAAGUAGUCCUAUCCACGUCAUAGAUGGAAGUUACCCCUCGGCUGAUUCCAGUGCACAAAUUGGUAUGCAGACUCACCCAGUGACUGAGACAAAUUUUUACACUCAACCCACAGAAACUGCAUACCGCACAGCAACUCCUUCAUUUUCAGGACCUCCUGGUGUUUCAAGCAGCUACAGUAGCACUGACUACAGCCCAUACCAUCCUGAAGGUUCUCAAAUUAGCAUCAUGGGAGUUCAUGCAGUGCCCGGGAGUCCACACACCCUUCACCGAACAGUGGCUACCAAUACACCACCAAGCCCAGCUCUUGCUAGAAGGGUGAUAAACCAAGAUAGCCCAAAUAUGUCCCGUCACAUGGUUGUUGCAAAUGGAAGUGAGCCUGGAACUCCUAAUAGCCCAGUUCUUGGCAGGCAUCCUUUGGUAAAUCAGAUGACCCCUGGGAGUCCAAGUUUGGAGCGACACAAUAUGUAUAACUAUUCAAGCCCUGAAGACCGGCAUGUCACAUUAUCGAGACAGAGCAGUUCAUCAGGAUAUCAUCCUCCUUCUACACCUUCAUUUCCUGUCUCCCCUGCUGGUUUUGAAACUUCUGCACAACGACAGGGUAGUCCAACUCAACCUGUACUGCCAGAAAAAAGGCGGAUGUCUAGUAGCGAACGUCCCAAUGGUGUGCUAUCUUAUGGAACUUUGAAUGGGAAGACAUCUUCACCUGUUUCAAGUGGAGGCAGUACACCAAAUACCUCUUUUUCUCACACUCUACCAGACUUCUCCAAAUUUGCAUUGUAUGAUGGAAGUCCUGAGACACGAGCCAAUGUAAAGUUUGUGCAAGAUACAUCCAAAUAUUGGUAUAAACCUGAAAUUACUCGAGAACAAGCUAUUGGUUUAUUACGGGACAGGGAGCCUGGAGCCUUCGUAAUUCGGGACAGCCACUCUUUCCGUGGUGCCUAUGGUUUGGCUAUGAAGGUAGCCUCCCCACCCCCUACAGUUGUGCAGCAAAACAAAAAAGCAGGUGAGAUGACUAAUGAGUUAGUACGACACUUCCUGAUAGAAACAAGUCCUAAAGGAGUGAAGCUGAAAGGGUGUUCAAAUGAACCAUACUUUGGCUCUCUUUCUGCAUUGGUGUAUCAACAUUCUAUCACGCCACUUGCUCUGCCUUGUAAACUUGUAAUCCCAGCCCGAGAUCCUAAUGAUGAAAUCCCAGAAAUAUCAACUCCUACAACCACUGCUCCAGAGAUUAUUAAACAAGGAGCAGCUUGUAAUGUGCUCUAUGUAAACUCUGUGGACAUGGAGUCACUUACAGGGCCCCAGGCUAUUGCCAAAGCGAUCACUGAAACACUUGGUGCAAAUCCUCCACCUAUCGCUACCAUUGUGCACUUCAAGGUGUCCACCCAAGGCAUCACCCUUACUGACAACCAGAGGAAGCUUUUCUUCCGUCGUCACUAUCCAAUUAACAGCAUAACAUUUUGUGAUUUGGAUCCACAAGAGAGGAGAUGGGCCAAAGUAGAUGGAGGCACAUCAAAAUUCUUUGGUUUUGUGGCCCGUAAACAAGGAAGCACAACAGAUAAUGUCAGUCACCUAUUUGCUGAGAUGGAUCCAGAACAACCUGCCACAGCCAUAGUCAACUUUGUCUCCAAAGUGAUGGGCAGCUCUCAGAAACGAUGAGCUCUUCUAAGUAAAUGUAUUUUCAUGGGUCUGAAGUUUUGUUUUGUUUUUUUUUUGUUUUUUUUUUGUUUUUUGUUUGUUUUCUUUCGUUCCUGUUUUAAGUUUUUAAAGCUCUUUGAAGGACUUGGAGUUGAUCUGAGAUGGAGACAGAGAAUGUGCAUCAUGGGAUAGUGGCUGUGGCUAUUGUGGUUGUGAGGAAUGGUCUUGAAUCAAAUUAUGAUAAUGUCGGGGAAGAUCUAAAGAAAUGUUCAAAGCAAAGUCGACUGAAAAGUACAGUAUACUGAAAUCUAAACAGCUUUUGGAAUGAUUCAUUGAAAUGUAAGAACUUUAAACUACCAGCAGAAAUGUGGCAAGUGUUUGUUGGAUGUUUAUUUUUGUGUUUUUGUUUUUGAGUCUCUUCUUUGGUUGUGAAUUUACAUGUGAAACAAAUGAUUGUAAAAAUUAGAUUAGUUUGCAAUUUAUUUCACUUUAAGUUUUUAUGUCAAAGAAAUCUUAGUUGCAUCCACUCCUUAUACAGAGACAACUGAAUGUGCAAGAAUUGUAUGUUUGGUACAUCAUCAUAAAUAUGUUUCAUUCCAGAAUCCUGGAUAUUUUCUACUUGUCUUUUGUAAAGAGUGGAUGAUAAAGGGGCUAUUAUGCACAAAUGCUUCCACUGCUUCUGCUGUGGUAGUCUGUAUCAGUAGUGGAUACAAGUGAAAAACAGUUCUCUACAAUAACUCCUUAUUGCAUAUUUUGAUGAAAAUCCAUGAGAUUCAUAUUAAAAGUCACUCCUAAAGUAUGUAGAUUUCAGUUAAAUGCAGGCCAGUUACAGUGCCUACAGUGACACAGACCAUCUGCAUCCAGCACUGCUUUGCGAUUUUGGAGAGGACAAUGUUCAAAUGACUUUCUGCUUCGAACAGACACAUACAAACUAUCUUAAUGCACUCAUACAUAUAUAAAAAACGUUCAUUUAAACUGCUUUGUCUUUAAUGAAAUGCACUGAGCCUAUGCACAUCCUACAUGUAAGAUUUGAUGUAUGAAAGGCACACCAAGCAAUAUGUUUGAAUUUAUUAAAGUUUUUUUUUUUUUUUUUUCCUCCUGGACUUAAUAGAAGUGAAUCUCCACAAUAAAAGAAAAAGAAAACAAAUUGCAUACUGAGAAAAUUUAUAUAACGUCUCCAUUAUAUGUCCUUGUGUUCGGUAGAAGUGUUUGUGACAAAUUAUGCCACUCCACUUGAAAGUAGUGAACCUCAAAUAAACAACUUGAUACUGUAUAAAGUUUUACCUGAAUAACUACGGAAUUGUAAUAUGUAUGAAAAUAUUUUGAAAAUCUCAUAAAUUAUUAAAUUAUUUUUACACCUAAAGUUAUAUUAAAAAAAAGAAGAAAAAAACACUCUUACCUAUUCUUUCUUGAAUAAAGCCGUAUUCAGUAAGCACAACAUUUUCUUAUUAUCCAAAAUGGAUGUUUCUGGCAUAAACAAAUAUUUCCAUUGAUUUACAAUACAUCUUGGAUGUGUAAAGAUGACUGAAGUAAUGACAGCAGUGAUGUUAUUUCUCCACUAGACAUUUUGACCAGUUGGGCUGUUUCAUUAACCAUUCACUGUGCCCAAUACUAUACAAAGACUAAAGUAUUCUUCAUAAAGUAUAUAAUCGGACAUCCAAAUAGUGGAAUUUGGCUCUGAAAUGAAACUUGCAUGAAGUUUUUAUGGUAAAGCUGAAACCGCAUGAAACUGACUAUUCCAUAGCCAUUUUUUCCCCAUACCCUCCUAUUUUUCUUUUCAUUUUUCUAUUAUUAAAAUGAUCUCAUUUAAUGUAAACACAGUCUAAAACAGUAAAAAACCAAAAACAAAGAGCACAUAGCAUAUGUAAUUUUAAUGUAUGAGUGAAUCAUGCAAAAACAACAAUAUUUUUACAUUUUAUUAAUUUUAAUCAAUGCUAGCUAGUACAGACACUAGGAAUAAAACAUAACAAGAAUUCAGAAAUGUUCAGUGAUAAAUGAAAAUCAAAUUCAAACACUUUCCAUUUUCUAUCUAUCUAUCUAUCUAUCUAUCUAUCUAUCUAGCUAUGCAUACAGUAUAUAUGGUAGUGUUUGUUCACAGAUAAAGCCACUUGAAUUAGUUACUCUGUCUUCUCAAACACAAUCACCAAAAUAGCACCAAGAUCCUAUAGAGAUUUCCUGUCACAGCUCAAGAAAUUUUUAUUGUUAUGUAUAAAAUAUAUAUUAUACUGAAAAGUUAAGUAAGCUAACCAAAUAUUAAAAAAUACAAAAAGUGUCUUUACUAAAUAUUUAUUUUUACCACAGUGCUUUAUGUUAACUCAUAUAUACAAAAUGUGUAUAGUCUACAGAAGAUUACCUAGAACAUAAGAAAUCCCUUUAUUUUGGCUAAAAUGCAAAAUUUACAAAUUUUUAACAGCAUUUAAAGAUAUGUAUAAGAUGUAAAAUGUAUGUAUAACAAAGCCUGUCUUUCUGUUUUGAUUGUGUUUCCAUAUUAUUCUUCUUAAUUUAGUGAAGUGCAAAUAGACCUGUUAAGGGGGAUACAGAAGAUGCAUAAAUGUGUUCACUUUGAAAAGAGGUCAUGUGGUGCGGGGAUAUGUGAAUAUCUGCAUUGUAAUCCUUGCUUGCAAAAGUAGAAUGUGUAUGCUUAGCAACACUUGGCAUAAUAAACAGCAUUUUGAAACAAGUUAGCUUUUGCUAACUUGUUUUUCUGAGGGGAGGUCUCAUGCACUAGAUUUUUUCUCUCUUUUUUUUUUUCCUUACACAGGUAUCGUUUUCAUGUAUGUUUUUGUCUACUAAAAAUGCAAAAGUUGUCUUUUUGACAAGAUUUUUCUGUAUUUAUUAUUCAUAAAAACAGCCCUAUUAACAAUAACUAAUAAGUAACAGUGCCAGUUGAAUUAAAAAAUAUGCCAAAGAGCAGCAUACUUAGAAAGGUUUGAUGCCAAAUUUUUGAUUUUGUUUUUCAUUAAAUGUUUUGAAAAUGGUGACCUGGUCUUAGAAAGUCUUGUAUCAUUCUCAGAUUCUGUAACUGAAUUUUUAACGCUUGUGAAAUGUGAGCUGUAGGCUGAAUUAAGUACAGUAGUGUUUAAUCAGCCAAAGCAACAAUAGUAGUAAUAACUGAACUAAUUCUUCUUCUUCUCCAACAUAGCAUAAAGUCUGAAUUUACUCAAAUUUGCACUGGGAUAGAUACUUUACAUAGCGUUUACAGUACCUCAAACUAUACCUCCUCAAAAAGUGGAAUGUUUUUAUUGAUAAAACCUUAGAAUGACUUAUUAGCCUUACAUUUACUGUAUUUUCAAAAUACAGAGUGAACUCAAAUUGGAAUGCCCAAAAUGUGUCAACUGAAAUACACACUUGUGCUAUUAAAAUGAAUGUGUGUAUACAUAAAUUAAAACUCCAUUUUUUUUUUUUUUUUAAACCUCAGCACAAUUUUUCAUUUCCGGACUGACUAACUCGCAUUGCCUUCAUUUUUUCAAUCACAAGAAAUGAUUUUUCUUUUUGAGUUUGCACCGCAGCCAAAUGCAACAUCAAGUAUGUUUUUUGUACCAAGAUAACAGUAAGGGACAAUGCUAAACAAAUGAGUGAGUCAGUUUUUUAAAUGGAAAUGUUAUGUUGGAAAAAUCUAACUUUUUACUAGCAUACAAUAUGUAAUGGUAUAUAAUGUAAUAAACAAGGAAAAAUGUAAAACUUGGCUAGAGUUCAUAAAAAUGUAAAGAGUUGUACAUUUACCAGAAAAAAAGAUAUAUAUAUAUAUAUUUACACACACAGUAUAAACACAAACUGAUGCCCUGCCAUUAGGACACAACACUGUUAAGUUCAUACUGCUGUCUUUUCUGCAUGACAUAUUGAUGUAAUUUAGAAUAGAGUUGAGUUUCUUACCCUUUAUAGGACUUUGCUUUGCUUUCAUCUUCUGCAUCUAGCUGACGAGAUGACCUAUUGUUUUUACUGUAUAUUCUGGAAAAACAUGGAAAAAUACAUUUUAAAAGAGACAUUAAUUUGUAUAGCUGGGCAGCCUGCAGUGGCAUGACUGUUACAUACUGAUAUAAGGUCUUAUUGCUGAACACAAGUCUAUUAGGUGGUAGUGCCUUCGUACUGAGGUGUAUUUUUAUAUCAUAUCCUUCUGAAAAGAGCCUCUGUGUAAGUUUUCUAAAUUGCAUUGAAUAUUAUCUUUUCCUACUUAGUGUAUAUACUUCUAGUUUGAUUGAGACAAUGCAUACUGUAAUAUCAUGCCUUUCUUACUCUUAAAACCGACAUGAAAUAUCUUCAAAAGACUUGGCAGGCUUGUGAAAAAUUCUUUGUCCUCAAAUGGCACAGUUCACUUGAUUCAGCAUAAUUUGUCACUCCUUAGGCACAUGGACUUUAAGUUCUUGUAUGUUAACCGUGCCACCUAAUGAUGGGGUGUAUGUUAACCGUGCCACCUAAUGAUGGGGUGUACGGCUCCUCAUUGCUGAUUAUCAGCUUGACAGGUCAAGAACACAUUCACAAAUGUAACAAGACAAAACAUUUGAGGAAGUCAGGUGGAUUAGUAAUUUUUUUCCCCAAAAAAAGUAGAAACAUUAUUUCAUAAGAUAAUUCUUAGUAAAAGCAUUUUAAAGUGAAAUUAUGAUCACUUCAUUUAUUAAGAAGCAAGAUAUUUCUGGUUGUUUUUGAAAAAUAAUCAAGAAUGCUGUAACGUUAACUGAUACUCAAAAAAUUUUAGAAAGGUUUAGCACAUUAAUCACUUGCCAAAUGUUGUUUUUUUUUUAAAAGGCAUCUUCUAAAAUAUGAUUAUUUCAGUAUAGCAUUUCUUUUUGUAUACUCCGGUGCUCAACACAUACAUACCCUAAACCAUGUAACACUGAAAAGUUUGCCCUUGUUUUCUAAGAAAUAUCUGCUAUUUCUGAUCUGAUUUGAACAAGAUGACUUGUAACAUACUCAUUGUAAUGUCAUCUUUAACAUCAACAGCCCUAACCCUAAUUUGUUUGUUAUGUUGUAGUCAAAGUUAGCCUUGCCAUUGAGCCAGGCUAGCUGGAGAGGAAGCUGGCUUGGCACUUUGCUAAAUGCCUACGCUAAAUUCAGUGAGAUGGAUUUCCCAAUUCACCCACACCAUAUCUCUUGAUACUUGUAAUUGACCCUUUUAACUUAAAUGCAUCAGAAGGAGAAAAUCAGGAAGAUUGUAAGGCAGGUUAUAUUUUUGAUAUUAUACCAUUGCUUUAAGUUGUAAAACAAAGUAUUUCUUAAGGUGCAGUGUUACAGUUCACGCAUUUUUUUUUUCUUGUAAUGUAAAUGAACACUUCAGAAGACGUUUGAGAUAAAAGUAUUUAGCAUUUCAAGUAAUUUUAGGGAAACCAGAGCUCUGUAAAAUAUUUUUAACAAUUUGCAAAGUUACAUUCACAAUAAAUGCUAAUUGAAUAUUUUCUCAGGAGAACGUAAAACAUAUAAAUAAAAGUGGUAUUGUUGGUUUGAUAAUCUUUAUGUAAUGUAAUUCCACACAACAUAUUUCAAUUUCAAUAUAUCAGUACUGUACCUAUACUUACAUUUUGGUAAAACAAAAAUCAUAAAUAUAUUUGAAAAUGACAGCUAAUUGUGAAAAGACAAUUUGAUUUUAAAUUUGUAGGUUUGUCCCAGCCCUGGCACUUACAAACCAUAUUUACGAAACACAUUUAGUAUUUAAAUUUUUGGUAUAAUUUUAACAAUUUUAACAUAACAUGAAAAAAAUAUAUUUUAUCAACUUUAAAUCAAUUUUAGUAAAUGAAACAUAGUCUUCUCAGUAGUAUUUCCAGUAUGCGUAAUAUAAAAGCUGUAUAGGCAGUCUAAGCUAAACUGUGCAAUAGUCUAUCUAUGUAUGCCACUAAUAAUCAUCAUUAGAAUAAAUUCCAUGAUUAUUAAAAGAAUUGCCUGCAAUCCAUUGGUAAAUUUCACAACAGGAAUGUCAAGUGUUGCCAUCCCUUAAAAACAAUGCUGCCUUGCCGAAUUAUUUAUUUUCCUUACGAUUGCUUUCCCUAUUGUAGACAUUUUCUUUACUCUAAAAUUGCUUCAAUUUAAAAUUAAUAUUAUACCGAGUUAAUAAAAUCAUUAUACACAAAAAUAUCUAUUUUUUCACACAAUCCUUUUGCUCUGUGUGGAGUGGGAGCUAGAGUCCAUGCUUAUUUAUUUCUGUUGCCAGCUCAAAUGCUCUCCUCUUUCUCCGCGUCCCUCAGCCCUCUUGCUGCUCCUCUAAAAUACCUGUUGGUGUACGUUUUUGAAUGUUCUGUUAUGGCUGUACAGAGGUCUUGUGGAUUUUUUCCUUGUCUUGUAAUGUAUGGCUUUGUUGUUUUUUUGAAAAGCAAAACAUGGUUUUAAGAAGCAAUACAAAUCAAUUAUAUUAAAGAACAGUAUAUCAUUGCUUGAAA